UGUUCAUGUACACAACAUCUUUGUUAACAUCGUAUCUGUAGAUAAAAGCAGAACAAUUAUGAGGCCAGUGAUAGCGAUUCCAUUAAUUGCCGGGAUAGUUUUGGGCAUACUAGGAAGAAAUGGAAUUGGUGCGUCAGUGUCCAUUCCUGAUGAAUCUAUCAAGGAGAUUUGUGAUGGAGACACAAUUUGUGAAGAUAUCAAGCUAGAAGCAAACACUAGCCAAAUAAUUGAGGUCAUUAUGCCGCAACAACAAAGCAAUAAUUUUCUUCAAUGCAGUAUAAGUCCCAACGAAGAACCCAAAUGCGCACCAGAUUCUUCUGUUUCGUUCAAGUACAAAAGAGAAACUCAAAUAUUACAGUUCUGCAUGAUAUUCAACCAAACGAAACAUUCUGAAAAUAAGUUGGUCGUGAAAAGAAAUGAAGAGAUAUAUUUGAAAAUAUUGCUUCUGCCAUGCAAGGAUGAUUUUAAAGCAUCCGCUGUCCAUAACAAAACCCUCGUGACAGUCACGUGUGAGCACGAUGCUUUCAAGUUUUCAAACAGCGGGAUUAAAAUUGAAAGAGAAAACAACAUCGUGGCGCAGUGCGUAUGGAGCAGACAAUGCAUUGGAGCUAAGGCCGUGGCCAGUGGGAUUCAGUUUAUCACAGAAUAUGACCCAAAGAUCAAAUACAGUUGUGCAAUGGAUGGUCAGUCGGUCCAAAUUAAUUAUACGGAACAAGAAAUUCAUAUUCCACAUCAAAGAAUCCCCAACUCAGAUCAAGGCACUGGUAGACCCAAUCUACUGACCUGUCUAUAUAUGUGUAUUACUGGUUUUCUUUCUCGGUUAUUUAUUGAAGAUAUGAUAUACAAUAUUCAUAUCAAUGUUAUCUGACGUCCAGUAGGGUACAUAUGGGUUUUUUUCAUUUUACUUACUAUGUAU